AUGCUGCCGCAAUCACACCACGCUGCUGCUGCGGCUACCACCUCUGAGGGCAUGUCGGCCGCCAGCAGCCCUUUCGAUGGCCACCCAAAUCUCGACGCUGCACCUGCUGAGGAGAAUUCUGUUGAGAAGACCAAUACGGCGGUGUCUGCACGACUCGACAAACUACCAAGCGAACUAACCAACCUCAUCGCCGACCAUAUCGACACAAAAAGUCUCAAACAGCUAAGACUCUGCUGCAGAAAGCUUGCUAUGGCGUCAAGCUACACCUUCAGAGACCGCGUACCGACGCUCCUCCCAUUCUUCUUCAUGCAGUCGAGCAUAGAGAGGCUCGCGCUUCUGACUGAGAAUGACCGCUGGAACAAGCACUUCGAAGCCUUGGAGAUACUAUCAAGCAGCCCCGACAGCAUGCGGAUCUCAGAGCACGGCACUCCAUGCUGGACAAUCCACAGCCACCGCCACCGUCGUUCCCGCGAAUUGCACAGGACCAGCACGCAUUCGGAUCCAGCAGCAGCAGCCCUCGCCGCGCCACCGCGCUUCGGUGGCGGUGGAACCAUGCCGAACGUGCACACGCUUACCCUGUGCCUCAACUGCGAUAAUUACAACCAAGACGCCACCCAGCACGAGCACCUGCCCGCCCUCUACGCCGCCCUCCCCAACCUCACCACCCUGCACCUGACGCACGCAAAGACGUGCCCGGAACACCCGCUCGCAAGAACGGCGUUCCCAGGCCACCCGCUCGCCUUCUACACGCCCCCGCCCGGCGCGUCCCGCCUGCGCCGCCUGUGCAUCAAGCACAGCAACAUCAAGUCGGACGAGCUCCUCGCCGUGAUGCAGGCGCACACGGACACGCUUGAGAUGGUCGAGAUCGGCCAUAGCACGAUAUGGAGCUUGAUGGAAUUGAAGCACUUUGUGACGGGGCGCAAGGUACCGCGGCAGCUGCGGGAGGUGUUGCCUGAGAAGGUCGACUAUAUUCCGCUGACGUCGGUGGACUAUUGGCGGUGGGAUAAGGGGGGAGGGGUCGUGUCGCCGGGCGAGGAGCGGAGAGAGGUUAUGCAGAUGCUGCUUGAUAGGAUGCAGGCUGGGACGUUUGAUAUUCGCGAUCUUGGGCUGCUUCAUCGACGUUAA